UGAAUAAAUCAACAAAGAAACGGCUAGUUUUUCCUCCAACUAUUUUAUAUUUACUUAUUUACUUAUUUGUAUUUCUUUCCCGUUAUUCGAAAUGGUUUCUUACACUGACUUGUCGCCACUCAAGCAGCCGGAUGCACCAGUCGCAAUUCACUUGAAUGACCCACUUCCAGAGCAAAUUGCCAACACAUUGCCCCCAGCUGACGAGUGGCAUGAGGAUUGGAGCCAAAUGCACUCGAAAAUUUUGUACUUUGGCGGCGUCACCGAGGACGCUCUGCCCGAGCUGCAGAAGCUGUUCAAGUCGUGUCGCGGAAUUAGGCUAAAUGUCGACCCCCACGAGUCUGCACAAAUAACUGGAAACGUAGAGUUCCGCAACGUUUAUGACACCGAAAAGGCCAUGGUCGUGCUGAAUAAUAAAAAACUGAACAGCGCCAACAACACGCUCAAAAUGACACCACUGGCGGGUAACCGUGAGCUGGCGCCGCCUCCCUUGGGGGGAUUUAUUUGGAUUAAGCACAUUCCCGAAGACGCGACCGAAGCGACGCUGUAUGAUUUCCUGCGGCCCUCCGGACCCCUCUACGCGUGCUCCUUUCCCACUUUGCCUAACGGCCAGCGCAAGGGCAUUGCGUACGCCUGCUUUACCGACGAGUCCUACGCGCAGAUCGCCAUUGAGCAGUUGAACUAUGCAGAAUAUCUGGGGAACAACGUUUCUAUUCAGAUUAGUUCCCCGCCGCGCCAAUCGCGCUCGUCCAAUGCGAGCGCCGGCCGGAGGAACUCGGGAAAGGCGCAAACGACAAAACUGAUGGUGCCGCAGUCGGAGUCUCGGCGUGAGUCUGAUCCUGUGUCGCCGACUUUGACACCGCAGUCUGCUGCGCUUCUACCGCCGCCGUCCCGCCAGUCGUCGCUGCCACGGCCAUCCACCAGUCUUUCCAUAGAGCAGCCCAUUAGCGGAUCUGGGAACGGUCUUGGUGGGGUCAUUGUUCCCGGCAAGCUCUUUGUGACCAACUUGCACCCGACCGUGUCGCACAAGGAACUAUUUGCGCUGUUUAAAAAGUACGGGUACAUUCAGUCUGCGCGGGUCAGUAUUGAUCCUGGAACAAAAAAAUCGCGCGGCCAUGGGAUUGUUCAGUUCAGCGACCCCACUGCCGCCCUGGACGCCCUGCGUGAGUGCCAGGGCGCCGACAUUAAGGGUCGCAAGAUUACCAUGUACCAGUACGAGCAUGUCAAUAAGCAGGCUGGCGGUACGUCUUUGCAUCAGAAUCAGCAGGAGCCUGAGCACGAGCAGGAUCAGCAAGCGGCUGUUGGCAAGCCUUUGGUCGAUGACUCUGCGACCGGCCAGCAAAAACAGCCUCAGCAGCCUCAGCGACAGCAGAAGCGGGAGGAGGGUGAUGUACCGCCUGUGCGCGUGGACCAGCUGGCAAGCCAGCAGAACACUGUUCCGUUUCCGCGGCCGGCCUCCGUGGCCAGCACCAUGGCCCCAGCCCAGGAUCCGCUUAUUGAGCCAAUUAUGCUGCGCAACCUAUCCGAAUCCUCGCGGAACGAGAUCCUGACGCAGAAGCUGGCCGCCGAAAUUGCCGCCAACCCUGCCAUCGACGUCGGCGACGCCUCACGAAUAGUCUCCAGCUUUAUUAAGCGGCCCCUUGAGGACAUCCUUGCGCUUCUCAGUGACCCCAGUUUGCUGGCCUCCGAGUGGGACCUGGAGGAAAAGGCUGCUCUUCACAUGCCCGCCUAUCCGACCAUGGGCGUGCCAAGUAGCCCGAAGCUCGCAAACGGCACAACCCAGAAGCCCGAGGGCGUUCAUUUGCAAGACUACGACAGCGAAGUCGAGGAGUAUAUUGAGAUGUUGCUGUCCAAGCCAGAAAACGAGAGGAAGAAGAAGCUGGGCUCGAAGCUGUUCCCGCUCAUCAAGGGCAUGGGUCACAAGGAGUCCACCAAGCUGACUGUGUGGAUUCUGGAUCAUAUGAGCCACGAUGUUCGCUCGCUGGCAUACACUCUGAAUGACCCAACAAAGCUCUACGAGAUUGUCGAGGAGGCGCAGAAAUCUAUUGGCAGCGUAUGCAAAUGAUUUUAUUUUAUUUUUAAACGUGUUUUAACCUUUUUCUAAAAAAGUAGUUUUCUACUUUGAAUCAAAUUGGCUGCG